CGCUCGCUGACGUUCGGAGUAGUACGUUCAGCAUUGUUCAUCGUCCUCGCGAUGUCGGAAGUAUUCAAACUGGGUGAUCUAGUAUGGGCGAAGAUGAAGGGAUUCUCGCCGUGGCCCGGCCGGGUAUCAGUUCCUUCAAAGGACUUGAAGAAGCCUGCGAAUGCUAAAAAGGGACCAGUACAAUGUAUCUUCUUCUUUGGGACAAACAAUUACGCAUGGAUAGAAGAAUCCCACAUUAAGCCCUACCAAGAGUAUAAGGAUACUUUAGUGAAAUCUAGCAAAUCUGGAGCAUUCAAAGAUGCAGUGGAAGCUAUAGAAGAUUUUAUCGCCAAAGGAGAGGUAUUUGAGGAUGGUUUGGAUCCAGAUUCCUUAUUCGACAGACUCAAAGAAGAGACUGUAUCUGAGAAGAAAACGCCCGUCGUCAAAACACCGAAGCCGCGAAAGGAGACUGUUGCUAAAACCACCAAGCGUCUCAGCGACAGCGGUGCAGAACGUCGACCGGCUAAAAAGCAGCGUCGAGAAUCCAGUAACAGUAAUGGUAAUAGACUUGGUAGUAUCAGUCCUACCCUGAACCAUUCUUCCUCGGCUAGAAAAACGGGCUCGCUUCUCAAUAGACCGGCAAAUAUCGCCAGACCCGUUACGCCACCUUUAGACGUCGAAACAAUGUCGCAAACUCUCAGAGAGAAGAAUAUCCUUCCAUCGACUUUGAAAUUUGGUUUCCUCGGGCUCGGCAUCAUGGGUAGCGGUAUCGUGAAAAAUUUGAUCAACAGUGGUCAUAGUGUGAUCGUGUGGAAUCGGACGCAGGAAAAGUGUACAGAUUUCGUGAAAGCAGGAGCGAAGCAAGGAUUGACGCCGUCUGAUGUCGUUCUGGCUGCCGAUAUUACAUUCUCUUGCGUGGCUGAUCCUCAAGCUGCUAAGGAUAUGGUCUUUGGUAAUUGUGGUGUUCUGACGGAGAUAUCGCCCGAUAAAAGCUACGUUGAAAUGACUGGCAUUGAUGCAGAGACAUCUCAAGAUAUCGCCGAGGCGAUAAACGGCAAAGGUGGUCGGUAUCUUGAAGCGCAGGUACAAGGAAGUAAAACUCAAGCGCAAGAAGGUACUUUGGUCAUUCUUGCUGCUGGAGAUCGGUCGCUCUUCGAUGAAUGCCAAUCUUGUUUCGAGGCAAUGGGCAAAAACAGCUUCUUCCUUGGCGAAGUCGGCAAUGCUUCCAAGAUGAAUCUUGUACUUCAACUAAUGGCUGGUGUCACUCUGGCCGCUCUGGCCGAGAGCAUGGCACUAGCGGAUCGCGCUGGACUUCGGCAGAAAGAUAUUCUAGAAGUCCUAGAGUUGACAUCUUUAGCGUGUCCGGCAAUUCUUGAAAAAGGCAAAGCGAUUGUUGAAGGCGGUUUCCCUACUCAGCUACCGUUACAACAUAUGCAGAAGGAUCUGCGACUGUCGUUAAGCAUGAGCGAUCAAUUGGAGCAACCUUUACCACUGGCUGGCAUAACGCAGCAUACGCUUCGUGUUGUCACCGAGCUUCUUCAUAUUUAUUGCGAUACCUGACGUUGUUUCCCGCCGCUAACAGGGAGAAAAAGAAGGAAGAAGAGAGAAAGAGAAAAUAUUGCAUACAUAAAAAAUAUAGUCGUAUAUUUUUGUUUCGUAUAUGAUUUCAAAAGAUUUAUACCCAGACAACACAAAAUUGUCUAAAAUUAAGACAUAAAGUCUUUAAGACUCUUAGCCAAAGACGUCUUAUGUCUCAAUUUUGGACACUUUAUAUUGUCUGGGCACGCCAUUAUUUGUGUAAACAUUUUACGGAAAAUAGAAAACGCAAGUGAAGUUCAGUAACGCGAUAGCGAGUCGUAGAGUUUGUCGAUUCGCAUCGCGAAGAAAAA